AGUGAGCACCUUAUUGAGUGUGACUUUUCUUUAGGGGCAGCCUCUUAUAUUAUUAGUUCAACUUCCUUUUCUCAGCUGGUACUUCAUUUUCUCAGCCUCUUUCUCUUUCUCUUUCUCUUUCUCCAUCUUUCUGCCACAGCUCCCCUACAAAUCCGUUUCAGAGCUACCUCUGCUCAUUGCUGACAGUUGAUAACAGGAGAUUGAACAGAGGAGGGGAGAGUUAGAGACGUUUGGUUUGUUGUCUUAAGAAAUUAAUUAAUGGGGAGGCACUCUUGCUGUUACAAGCAGAAGCUUAGGAAAGGCCUCUGGUCUCCUGAAGAGGAUGAGAAGCUUUUGAGACAUAUAGCUAAGUAUGGCCAUGGCUGCUGGAGUUCUGUCCCUAAGCAAGCUGGUCUGGAAAGGUGCGGGAAAAGCUGCAGAUUGAGGUGGAUCAACUACUUGAGGCCGGAUUUGAAGAGAGGCACUUUCUCCAAGGAAGAAGAGAAUCUUAUAAUUGAACUUCAUGCCGUCCUAGGGAACAGGUGGUCUCAGAUUGCAGCACAAUUGCCCGGAAGAACAGACAAUGACAUUAAAAAUCUGUGGAAUUCCUGCCUGAAGAAGAAGCUAAGGCAGAGAGGCGUAGACCCUGUCACCCACAGACCCAUCUCAGAGGACAAAGAUAGGGAAGCAAAAAGCAGCGGAGAGAAACUAGUGUCGGUGGCAAUAUCCAAUGAAUUGAACCUCCUUGAAACAGAAAAUUCGAAAAAAGCAGCAGCAGCAGCAGCAUUAUUUGGUGCAGCACAAGUAGUAGAAGCUAAUAAUUCAUCACUAUGCUCCAACAAGACAACCAACACCACCACCGACAACAACAACAUGAUGAUGAUGAAGGAGUUGUUCCUGCAGGAGCAAGACACCUCCAGCACAACCAACUGCCAGCAGCCGCCUUCUGAUUUUCUGGGUCAACUCAAUUCCCUUCACCAAUUCAAAUACAAAUAUGGAUCUACUACCAAUACGGGUAGCAGUACCACUGCAACAACCAGGCUCCCCUCUUCUAACCCCUGCAGUAAUUGGUUCCUGCAGCCAGGGAAAAGCACUCUUGAUAUGAAUUCUCAUGAUGACGCCCUUAGUAAUUGCAAUUCAAUUCCUAUCAUUCUUCCUCUUUCACUUCCAAUUCCAAUUCCAGCAAUAAGCAGCACCUCAUUUCCUUCUUCUACUGCUAGUUGUAUUGCUAAUUGCAAGCCUAAUUCGCUCACAUUUCCACCCACUGCCACUGGUAGCAUCGAUAAUAAUAACUCAAUGGCCUCCUUCCCAAUCAGCAACAACAGCAGCAGCAGCAGCAGCAGCAACUGUUUCUUGGAGAACAACAAUAUGUUUGGCUGGGGAUUAGUGGCAGAUUGUAGCACGGUGUCCGAGAGAGAGGCUCAUAUCCAAGUGAAUAAUCUAAUGGACAGCCAAGCGGGAGCGGCUGAUGACAUAAAGUGGGCCGAAUACCUUAGCAACCCCCCAACGUUUUUGCAAACUAAUACUACUACUCAGCAUCAAAAUUCACACUCUCUAUUAUGCAUCACCAGCAGCAGCAGUAGCACUAGUGAUAUCAAAUCAUCAGAAACGCAACAUUCCGUGAUGUGGCCUCCUCCCCACAACAGCAAGCACCAGCAACUACAGCCUUCGCAAUUGCAAACCACCUCUUCUGAUAUAUGUGCCAAGGAUAUCCACAGACUUACUGCGGCCCUUGGUGGACAUAAUUAGCCGCUACUUUCCUAUAUGCUUCCUACACAAAUUUAACUACAGUUGAUAAUCUGUGAGCAAAUCGAACAAUCAAGAUAUUGCAUUUUUCCUGGGCUGUGGGGUACAAUUACACAAAUACGGCUUCUUACUGGGUUCUUUUGUUUUUUGUUUUCUUGUUUUCUGUUUUUUGUUUUUUUUUUU